AUGUUCGGUCUGUCUCUGGUUCCUCUACUCCUCACUGCGUUGGCCAGCGCAUACCCUAACCGCGGCCCUUGCACCGGCGCCUGCCAAACCAAAGACCCGGCCGUGAUUCAGCGUGUGUCUGAUGGAAAGUUCUACCGUUUCGGAACCGGCACUGGCAUCACCACUCACAGCGCACCCUCCGUGAGAGGUCCAUGGACAGAGCUUGGAGGUGCUCUGCCAGAGGGAACUAGCCUUAGACUCGACAACACCGACCCCAAGAACCUUUGGGCCCCCGAUGUUCACUACCAGAACGACCAGUACUACAUGUACUAUGUGCUGUCAGAGCUCGGCACCAAGAACUCUCAGAUUGGAGUCGCAACAUCAAAGACCCUGGAGCCCGGCAGCUGGACCGACCACGGUGCUAUUGGAAUUCCCGCCAACGAUGCUUACAACCGCAUCGACCCUGCCUUCAUUCAAAUCGGCGGCAAGAACGUCCUCGUCUUCGGCUCUUUCUGGGGUGAUAUCCACCAGGUCAUCAUGGACACCCCCCUCAAGGUUGGCAGUGCUGCUCCCUACCAGGUCUCCUGGAACGCUACCCUGAACCACCGUGAGGAGGGUGCCUAUGAGUUCAAGCACGGCGACUUCUACUACUUGCUCUACUCUGCUGGUAUUGCAGGCGGCUACACCAAGAACUACCCUCCCGCCGGUGCCGAGUACCACAUCCGCGUCUGCCGCUCUUCCACUGGUCUCGGUGACUUUGUUGAUGCCGAUGGCAAGGACUGCAAGCAGACUGGCGGCACCAUGCUCCUCUCCAGCCACGGCCAGGUCUUCGGACCCGGUGGCCCUGGUGUGUACACCGACAAGGACCUCGGUGUCGUGAUGUACUACCACUACUACCCUCUCGCUACCAAGCAACAGACCGAGACCGCCAACGGCAACGUGAACUACAAGUUCUCCUGGAACGUCCUCGGUUUCGAGAACGGCUGGCCUUACGUGAAGGCCAACUAA